AUGGUUCUGUUGACCACCCUGCCCACUGCACGGCAGUAUGACCUGAGCAGUGUUCACCGAGUCAUUUGCGGAGCUGCGCCUCUGAGCAAAGACAUUGGAGCGAAGAUUCUAAAGAUAUUCAACAUCAAGUAUGUCACACAAGCCAUCGGCAACGGUGUAUUCCAGCAGGACAACGCCAGAUCCCCGGACUUGAACCCGAUACAGCACGUGUGGGAUAAAUUGAAUAGACGGCUACUACGAGGUCAACCACAACCCAAGACGUUGCAGCAGUUGGCUUUUGGUUUGCAGGCCGUGUGGGCUACCAUUACCCAGGAUUCACAUACUCGUCUCUUCCAUGGGCAGGAGAUGUCAAGCCGCUAUCGCUUCCAACGGAAAACAUACGCGUUAUUGAUGAUAGUCGACCUAGAGACCGGAAAGUCCCUACCCGCAAACAAAGAUGGUGAGGUCUAUGUGAGAGGGCCAAGCUUGAUGAAAGGGUACCUGUCAAACCCUGGUGCCACGAGCGCCAUGUAUACCGAGGAUGGAUGGAUGAAGACAGGUGAUAUUGGCCAUGUUGACGACGACGGGUUUCUCUUCAUUGUUGAUCGGCUGAAGGAGCUCAUCAAAUACAAGGCAUUCCAGGUGGCGCCAGCUGAGCUGGAGGAUGUUCUGUUGAGUCACCCCGGCGUGGCAGAUGUCGGUGUCAUCGGUAUCCCGGAUGUGGAGGCAGGAGAGUUGCCCAAAGCCUUUGUUGUCAGGAAAACAGGGUCAAGGACAAUAGAACAAGAACUGCAAGAUUUUGUAAAGUAUCUGGGACCAAGAGACUCCGGGGAGGAAUGA